AUGCAACCCACAUUUAUGAUGAAGAAAAGAAUUUCCAAUUACUUUGUGUCACAAGUUAUAGAUCAUAACCCUUUGCCUAAUUUUCACAACUGCUCAGGUGGACCAUCAAUUUUAGCUCUGGGCCAACUCCUAAGGAAUGACAUGUUGAAGAAGCUGAGCCAGAGUUCCAACAGUUGGCAUUCUUCGCACCAGAAUUUUGUGUGUUCAGCCUCUUGCUGUGACAGGGCUGUCCUUGUUUGGCUGAAUUACAAGAAUGCCUAUGAAUAUUGGAGUGAACAACGAGCUUCUCUUAAUAAGGAAGUGUUAACAGCUACACAGCAGGUCUUUGAGAAAGUUCCUCAGUUUUCCUCCCUCUCGUCAGCGGCACAUAUAAAGAACAAUGUCUAUCUGCAGCUGACAGUAGAUGAUAUUGGUAUAUGCCUUCCACUCAACCCUUGUCGCACUGUAAGCCAUCAGGUUGAUUCAACAGAGACACGAGAUGCUCUCGUGGUGACACUUGAAAGCACCAUCAUAUCUGCCUGUAACUCUGGCUCUCUGGUAUGUUAA